CAUCCACCCACCCUGCGUCACCAUCACUUCGAGAGGAAGGGAUAGGGCUUGUCGGUCACCAGGUCCUGGGCGAUGGACGCAGCAAUGCUGACAUGACAACAGACAGACACAGGCACACAACACAUUCACGUGAGCCAGAAUGACCUGGGUUCACACGCGUACCCGAGCAUGGCGAGCCUGCCGUUGUUGAGCUCCUUAUUCUGGUACUCGCGGAACUGCUCGGGGUCCUCAGGGCCCUGGUCAAUGAUGACACGCAGAGAAUGAAUGGCACACAUACAGGCGUCACGUCACGAGGCUCGCCUUACUCACCUUGUACCACCAAGCCGGGCCGAGGUCGCCGACGUACGUGCCCUGAUCAGUAACACCACACACCACAGUGCCUGCCGUCACUGAGUCAUUCCUCCUUCCCUUUACCCUCGCCACGCACCUCUGCGUUUGGCUUGAAGACGAGCAGGUCGAGGAACCCAACGAACGCGAAGAGCUGCGCGAGGCCGGCAGGGGGGAUGACCUUCAGGGCAUCAACACCCGCGGGGAUGUCGGCGAACUUGAGCUCCGGAUCGGUCGCCAGCCAGCCGUCGAAUUUGAAGAAGUACGGCACGGCGUACCCAAUCACGGCGAGCAUCGCCACGCGGCCGUGCUUGAUCUCAGCAAGGCGGUAGCGCUGGUAGGUCUGCACACACGAGCGAGCGUCCAGGACAGGACAGCGAGCCAUGGUCUGCGUGUGGCGCAUCCACCCACCUCAUCAGUCGGCCCCUUAUCCUUUGAGAAGCCAAGAGGGUCGAAGAACCCGACAGGCUGAGUGACACCAGGCUCCGCCUGCCAUUACAACAAGGAGUCACGGACACACGAGUGAUCUCCCUUUUCACGCCUUGUGAUCUUUGCCGCCUGUCUGUGUCUGUGUGACUGCUGUGCUUACGUCCAGCGCCAUCUGGAGGUUGGGCUUGGCUGCAGCAUUGCGGGUCAUCCUGCAACAAGACGACAAACACGACCCGUCGUCACAGCGAUGAACAGCAGCUCACUCAUAGACUCGCUUGCUGUGCCAACGCAGCCUUGUCUUCGCAGAGCGAUUGCAUGAGUGAGUCUGUCAUCUUCCUCGCUCGCUUCGUCAGUCAGUGCUUCUGAUGUGUCUGAGUGCUCACCGCUGCAGGGGAGUGGAAGGGACAAAGGCAUGGGCCGUGGCGGCGAGAAGGGCAAUCGCGACAACGACCUUCAUCCCUGUUCAACUCAAU